ACUGGGAGCGCGCCACUCGAGCGUCUCGGGAUCGGCUUAGCGACACGGUCGGUGUUCUUCGGCCCUUUUAUUUUAUCCAAAUGAGUCAGAAGAAGAAUCAGGUUUCGUGGGUGAAGCCCGCCGAGCCGUCCUUUUUACGGAAGUUUAAAAAUGAUGUCGGCUACAAAGAAGGUCCAACGGUAGAGACAAAGAAGCAGACGAUUUCUGUCCCAGCUGAUGACAGUGGAGACAGUGACCGUGAAGAUGAACAGCCUCAGGUGGUGGUUCUGAAAAAGGGAGAUCUGAGUGCCGAGGAGGUGAUGGCCAUUAAGCAGGAAAUCAAAAAAGGCUCAGACCAAGAGGACCCAAUUCCUGCAGGAGGUAAGAUUAUGUUCAAGAAGCCAGAAAAGCGCUCCUCGGACACCAAGUUUCAAGGCAUUUCUGCGAGCUCCGUUAAGAAGAAGAAAGAGGAGAAGGAGAGCAGUCACCCCAGAAAGGAAAGCAGUCAGAAGAGCGUCAAGAACAGCAGCCUGCUGUCAUUUGGGAACGACGAGGAGGAGGAGGAGGAAGACAACGACUAAGUUUUAAAUGAAUGGACCUGGGAAUGCUUUGAUAUGUGCACCUUUCAGAUUUGUGUCUUUCUCAGAUAUGGACCCUCUCCUCCUCCUCCCCCCCUUUGGUAUUUUGUGCUGGGCACAGACAAUGAAGUGUAACGGGCAGGCUGGUGGUCUUUGUGAGCCCCUUGUAGUAGGAGUAGGUUUGCUACUGCAGUGAUGGCCUCUCGGUGGUUCAUACCUAUGGCAGCCUUCUCUUUUUUGCUGUUUUCCUUUGCUCCCCAUUAUCAUGGCACAGCACCUGGGUACUGUCAGCUGGCAUAUUUAGGAGAAUGAUUGGCUAAAGCAGGGUUAUAACUUUAAAAAAACAACAAGCCAUCCAGCCCAACACACCAUAGCAAGUCCUGUUUAGUUCAUGUUUCUGAAAUAGUAAGCUCAGCUCUGAAAGCUUUCACCACACUCGGCCUUUGGCACAGCACAUGAUCCUAGUGAAGAACACAGUCAGCAAAGCAGAUGGCUCCGUGCUAACAUCUCCGGCAGUACGACUCCACGAGCUGCUU